CAGUGGUAGGGCAGUCCUGUCAUCAACUAUAGCUGAUAGACAUUGUGCCAGCCCUCAGACCCACUCACCUGGGACUCGCUUGUGAUUCUAAUACGUAAAUCCUACUUGUGGAAUUGUGCUAAAGAUUGUCUCCUGGAUGUUGCCAUGGAUGGAUCCUUCAAAUGGUACAACAGCUGCUGCAGUUGGAAAAGAUGAUGUAUCGUGCAUGAAAGUAGCUCCUGUGGAAAUUUUUGAAAAUGCUGAUGGAGUGUCUUUCCCCAUUGGAAGUCUUGCAUUAGGAUUUGAUACAAAGCUUGGUUAUCCUACAUUGUGUACAUGUGCAUGGCAUGCAUGCAUGCACGUCUACCAACCUACUAGUAUACGUCUUUUUCAACAAACUGGCCAUAUCCCACCAAGGCAGGGACUAGAAUAUGUAUGUACGUAUAUUUAUUUAAACUCAGUGACCACAUCCUUGGGAACCAAAGCAGUCAUAGUAUUAAGAUGAGAGAAUACAGCUUUGUAGUUCCUACAGUAAGUGGCCAGGCUUUCAACACCUUUUAUUGUACAGCAAUAAAGGAAUAGAAGAGACUGCCUACCAGUCAUAGCAUGAGCCAGUUCAGGAAGAGAGCCAAAAGGUGCCUAAUAAAUGUAGCAACAGAAAGGGAAGAGAAUGUUUUUUAUAUUUUUAGCUAACAUGCAUGUAAAUAUAAAUAACUCAGUUUACCUUACUCCCAGUAUAUCUCCUUCACUAUAUUAUAAUAAGGCAAUAAAAGGUUUCCAAUGGAAA